UGUCUCACACAGCAAAGCGCUGAAAGCUUAAUAAUUCGUCACUGCUGUCAACAAGAAAAAUAAUCACAAAUUCAACCCUCCUCGGAAAUCACAGGCAAAUUAGCAAGAUAAGGUGAAGUUGCGAAUAGAUUUAAAUACAUUAUUUGUAAUUCAAAUAUUGGACAUUUUAAUCUCCCAGCAGAUAGUUGUUCCAGUUUGUAGUCUGCAAGUUAGGUGGCUGCCGGUGCAACUAACAUGCGGGAUUACGAGGAAAUAACAGCCUUCCUGGGGGAAUGGGGACCCUUCCAAAGAUUCAUCUUCCUUCUCUUGAGCGCCAGCAUCUUCCCCAAUGGUUUCUGCGGAAUGUCCAUCAUUUUCGUCGGCGAUAUCCCCGAGUAUGUCUGCCUGAUUCCUGAGAAUCUCAACCUCAGCCAAGCCUGGAUGAACAAAACCAUCCCCUUGGUUCAAAAGGGAAGCGAAGUCCAGUACAGCCGGUGCAGACGCUACCGGUUGGAAUCGAUAGUGAACCUGUCCCUGACAAUUCCCGAUCCGGAUCUCUUCAAUGUCUCGCAGAUUGAGAAGGAGCCGUGCCUGGAUGGAUGGGUGUACAGCAAGGAGCAGUACAUCUCCACUAUCGUCACCGAGUGGGACCUGGUGUGCAAUGAUGAUUGGAAGGCUCCAUUAUCCAUGUCGUUCUUCUUUGCAGGCGUGCUGAUUGGUUCCUUUGUUUCUGGGCAAUUACCAGACAGGAGUUGGCGAAUGUUGUUUUUGACUCUUUCUCUCUCUGGCCUGAUGUACAUUCCCAUGUGGUGGUUUAUUCCAGAAUCUCCACGCUGGUUGAUGUUAAAGGGAAGGGUAAAGGAGGCUGAAGAAAUACUCAGAUUUAUUGCAAAGAAAAAUGGUGUCACUGCACCAGAUGUGCUCUUCACCGAGCUGGAGCUUGAAGAUAUGAGGGCUAAAAGUACACAAUCUUAUGCAAUUAUUCAUUUGGUUAGAACCUAUAAUAUCAGAAUCAUCACAAUCAUCAACAUUCUGAUUUGGAUGAUUCUAACAACAGGAUAUUUUGGCCUUUCCUUGAACACUCCCAAUCUUCAUGGAGAUGACUAUUUGAACUGCUUCUUCUUGGCUGCCAUUGAAGUCCCUGCCUCCACAGCGGCCUGGAUUUUUCUUCAGAGAUGUUCCCGCAGGGUCACCCUUUCAAGCAUACUACUAAUUGGUGGAGCACUCCUUAUCGUCAUCCAGUUCAUACCCACAAAUAUUUCAGGACUCGCAACAGUGCUGGUGAUGAGUGGGAAACUCUCCACCACGUGUGGCUUUGACAUGGUUUAUGUCUACACGGCUGAGCUGUACCCGACGGCAGUACGGAACAUGGGUGUCGGAGUAAGUUCAAUGGCCAGCCGGCUGGGCAGCAUCAUCUCGCCUUACAUCUUCUAUCUGGGAGUUCACCAGGAGUUUUUACCUUUUACUCUAAUUGGAAUUCUGUCAGCAUUAUCUGGAACUUUGGUUUUGUUUCUGCCUGAAACAUUCAACGCUCCUCUCCCAGACACUGUUGAUCAGAUGCAAAAAAUCAAGGGAUUCAAAUGUAGUCCUACGCACAAAAAUCACUUCCGUUUUAAUAAGAAGAAAACAUCCACAUCGUGCUCAAAAUGUGGAAGAGAUUUAACCUGCUCGGUACUGAAUCCAGCGAUACAGAAGUGGACUAUUAUUAUUUUUCCUGGUUUAAUAUGAAAUGAUCAUCUAUUGAAAUAUCGGUAACAAUAUGUAACCAAAAUACUCGGGGACCAUUGUGAACUGCACAGAUUAACAGUAUAUGACAUAAUAUACAUUUGCACAGGUUUACAAAAGAAAACUUGAUCAGAUUUAGGGCUUUGUCAGGUAUAUUUUGAUAUUUAGACAACUAAUCGAUGGGGCAUAUCAGCUGCUCAGUAACCAUACAGUUUGCAGGCCGGAUAUUUUGAUGGUGACUGCCACACUUUAGGGUUCCAUAGCUAUGGGACAUGAUAGGAUGAAGCCUCCCAAUUUGGGCGGCACGGUAGCACAGCGGUAGAGUUGCUACCUUACAGCACCAGAGGACCUGGGUUCGAUCCUGACCACGGGUUGGAGUUGGCUAAGCUAGAUGUGGUUCAUUCUACUACGGGUUCUGACUUUGACUAAGGGUGCUGUCUGUACGGAGUUUGUACGUUCUCCCCAUAGCCUACGUGGGUUUUCUCCGGGUGCUCGGGUUUCCUCCCAUAUUACAAGGAUAUGCAGGUUAAUUGGCUUCUGUAAAUUGCCCCUAGUUUGCAGGAUGCGUAACUAGGAUGACAAAGAACUAGUGUACGGGUGAUUGUUGGUCGGCGUGGAGUCAAUGGGCCAAAGGGCCAAUUUCCACACUGUAUCUCUAAACUAAACACAAAGUAAUCAUCAGUUGAUCUCAAUCACCGGUAAAGUAGGUGCACAAAAGGCCACUGAGGUCUGGAGUGCCCGGGUAUCAGCGGUUUCACUAAUCCUGUGGGGGCAUAAAUUCAUAAGUUUGA